GUAAUAGUGUGGCUCCGCCCACUCCACCUGACCCUGCAGGAGAUUACAGAGAGAGAGAGACUGAAUCCCUGCCUUGCACUUCCAGCUCCUGCGCUCGAGUAACCGGACACUCGCAGGUGAAUUUCUGCCAGGUUCACAGAGAGGGAGUGGUUAGAGGGAAAAGUAUUCAGACCUGCGUGACUCCUUCCUCUCCAAAGACAGCGCUGAACUUUCUCCAGGAGAAAAACAAGCCUUCACGGACUCCGCCGGAGCAGGGAAAUAUCUUGAGCUCGUAUCCGUUAGUUCUGUAAGUUUCCUUUUCGCUGGACUAGUGCGACACUGAGACACUUCAGACUCUCCGUUUUCUUUCGCUCGUUUGAGAAUCGCACUGGACUCACUAGAACUGCAUGAAACAAAAGUGCUUCCAAAAUGCUUUAGCGGCUCGCAGCUCGUUAGAACUGGAGCAAGAGAGAGAGAAACCCGGGGAUUUUCAUGCACAAAGACCUUUUGUUUUCUCCAGUCUGUGAAACUAGUGCGCAUGCAGGUUGGAGUAAAACCACACUAACUAUGCAGCUGUUGGAUUUCACUUCAUAGGAUCCAAUGCAAACAGGAAUUAUGGAUCCAGACCACACUUGGACCUCUUCAAGGUUCCUCAUGUCGGAUCAGACGGCGGCUGUGUUGACAUCAUUCCGAACAUUGCCUGAUGAAGAUACUAAUGGUCAUAUCAGAGUAGCAGAUCCUUUGAGCCUGAAAUCUGGAGGUGAUCCGUAUCUGGUGCAGGUGACCAGAGUGGAGACGUACAUCGACGAUGAGGAUGAGGAAGACGCCACAAGCAUUCAGGAAAGGGAACAUGAAGGAUCCGCGGACAGACUCGAGCCGUUCGUUGUCAAAGCCGAGAGUCUCGUGGAGCGAUCGCUUAAAGACGCUUCGAUUCUGAGUCGGACCGGUCCAUACGCAAAACUCAAUCGUUCGUCAGACGAUUCCAGAAAAGAAGCGCCGUCUCGGAGCGUAGAUUCAGCGUCAGAAUUACCGAACAGAAGUUUCGUUCCUCCUCUCAAACCUGCUUCUGAGUCUCGUAACGCAGGUGAGGAGGCUUCUUUAGUUUCAGGUGAUUCAAACCAAGAAGGGAAUUCCGGAGCAGAUCCGACAUCUCCGACCGAUUCCCAAAAAGAAGAGACUGAGAGUGCAGCUUCUGCUUUACCCUCCUCAGAUCUUCCACAGACGGGGUCCGGGUCUAUCGCUCUCUCUUCUGCGAUAAACGACUCCAAACAGGACAACAGACACCAGCUGCCGGCUCUGUUCAGCGGGAUACGGGUGUUAAAGAAAGGAGCGCUCGGAGACGAGAGGGAGACGCUUGCAGAAAUCAAACAGCGAGACGCGGACCGAGCGCUGCUGAGCCUCGAACAACACGUCAACAAAGCCAAACUACAACAAACUAAAAAGAAAAACCAACCCAGAAGUCAGUCUGAAAUCACCAGGUUGCUACAGAAAGCAUCGAACGAGGACAAAUCCGCGGCGACGGAUUCGUCUUCUGAUGCUGUUGCUGACAAAUCCAUAUUAUUCAGCUCGAAACCUGCUCAGAAGGAUCCGCUGGAUGCAGCGCUGGAUCUGGACGCUGUUCGGAGGAAGAAGAAGAACGAUAAAGAGCUGCUGAGGGCUAUCUUUGAGAGACAGCUGAGCAAAGCUCCGGUCGCUGAGGAGAAAUCUGAGGUCACGUCUCCGUCCGACGGUGAGGACCGAACCCCUGGCCGUCUGCAGGCCGUCUGGCCUCCACCUAAAGAGGACGGAGAGGAGAAGGUGGGCCUGCGUUACACUGAAGCCGAGCACCAGGCCGCUCUCCUCCAGCUGAAGAGAGAGAGUAAAGAAGAGCUGGAGAAACUGCAUGUGAGCGCUGCAUCAAACAAUCCUGCAGUACUGACAGAAAACACUAGAUGUCCUGAGAGACGGUCGGAUCGAGCCCUGUGUGUUCGGCCUCCAGAUCUCCGUCUGUCUUACAAAGCGAAGCUGCUGGGAUACGGAUCAUCUGUAUUGUCUGAAAUGAGUUUCUUUCCUCGGGAUAAAGCAGUGGAAACUGCGAUAGUGAAGGCAGGCGGGAGUGUCGUUAAAGACUCCCUCGUACACCAUCGGCCUGUUUGUGUUGCUCGUGUCUCUCAGCAAUGGCAGAAACCCAAUAAUUCUCAUCCACGGACGCCAUACUGCAGUCUGAAUCAGCCAAAUACUUCCCAUCAUAAUAACACGCUCUGGAGUUCACUGGAAGAGCCUGAUAUCAUAAACACACAAGAGUUUGAGGAUCUGUUCUCCAAAGCCACCGUCCAGACCAAGAAGAAACCGCUGUCAGACACGUACGAGAAGAAGAACAAAGCCAGGAAGCCCAUUGACCCUCUUCGCCUUGAGCAAGGUGUAAAAUUCCUGCAUGCCUACCCUUUAUUACAGGAGGCAAGUCUUCUUAUAAACCCUGAGUCCCAGUGUGUACCUUUGACAAACUUGCUUUAUGGAAUACAGAUACCUGAUCAGGCAUACAGCCGGCCUGAAAGAAAUACAGCAUGCAAGGAUGGCAUUUAUGCUAAAAACUCUGAAAACGUUAACCGCAAAUUUUUGGAAAUUUCUGAUAUGGAUUACAGAUCUCCACAACCUGUCGGCAUAGAGUCACCCACCCAGAAUCCUGCAGCCACAAUGGUCCGACACCUCACAUAUGGCAUAAUGAGUAAGAGUGCUUCCUCCAGAAAGCAUUACACCUGUAAUUAUUGUGGAAUCCAUUUUAACCAGAGGUGCAAGUUGAAGGAACAUCUCCUUGUCCACACCAACCAAGCAACUGAGCCGCAGAUGUUGUCUAUGCAAAAUGGUCACACUAUUGAGCUUGAAGUUCAGGAUAUGGAAGAGGACCAUUUGCGUGCUGACAGUGAUGUUAUUAGUGAUACCGAUCAACAGGCAUGGAUGGAAGACACCCCGCCGCCCUCUGAAAUGGCUGAUAUAGACAACCUGGAGGGCACCGAGAUGGGUCGUGAAAUGAAACGCAGAAAAUUUGAGUGUCCGACCUGUGCUCGCAAGUUUAUUCAGAAAAGUCACUGGCGUGAGCACAUGUACAUUCACACUGGAAAGCCAUAUAAGUGCAGUGCUUGCGGAAAGAACUUCUGCAGAGCCAAUCAAGCUGCUCGACACGUUUGUCUGAGUCAGGACACAGACUCGCACAUUAUGGUCAACAAACAGAGUUUGGUUUUGUGUGGUGGAGAAGACAACAGUCAAGUGGAAGCUCUCUUUCAGUCUUCUGAAAGACCUUAUAAAUGUAGCAUGUGUGCAGCACCUUUUGCAAGUCCUUCUGAGGUUCCCAAACAUCAGUGUUUGACUGAGCGCGACACUUGUGUUUUCUUGCGGUUAAACGGACGGAUGCUGUAUGUUGCAGCUGUUCUGACGGUGGAUCAUUCUGUGGUGGAUCUGGAGACCGUCGAAGCUUUAUAUGAGAACAGAGCGCAGCCUGAGGAACUGGAGAAGAUCAGGAAACAUUACGAGACGUCUAAAGAAGACGAGGUGAAGCUCCUGGAUAAACCGGAACAAUUCCUGUACGAACUCUCCCAGAUUCCCGACUUCGCUCGCCGCGCGCACUGCAUCAUAUUCCAGUCUGUGUUCGUGGACUCCAUAUCGUGCGUCCAUCGGAAAGUGGAGAUCAUCUCUGCUGUGAGCAAGGACAAUCGGAUAAGUCUGGUGGAUUAUGUGGUGUCGUACUACCUGCGAAACAUGGACGAGAACGCAGGAACAGAGAAGAGCGUUUUCCCGCUGCCUGAACCUCAGGAUCUCUUCCACGCUGCUCAGGUCAAGUUUGAAGAUCUCGCAAAAGACCUUCGCAAGUUAAAGAAGGAGCUGACAGCGUGUGUGAAGGAGGUUGAGCAGGUGUGUGAAAACUCCUCUGAGGAACAUCUACAGCCCUUCAAGGACAAGAUGGAGACCUUCGUCAGCACUGCACAAUCAGAGUACGAGACUGAAGACGAGCGGCUGCAGGCGGCACAGGAGAGUUUCCAGGAGAUGGUGAUGUACUUCGGGCUCAGACCCAAGUCUGGAGAGAAGGAGGUUUCUCCAAGCUUCAUCUUCAUGCUAUGGUACGAGUUCUGCAAUGAUUUCAAGAGCACCUGGAACCGAGAGAAUAAAAGCAUCUCCAAAGAGAGACUCAAAGAAGCUCAGCAGACCGUCCAGAAAAUCACAGCUGAGAAGAAAGUGGAGACGAAGAAGACCAACGCAAACAGUCUGAAAGAGCGACUGCGAAAGAAAGAAGCCGGCGUGUCGUCCAGCUGAGACAGAAACAGAUGCACGCUGUUUGAGUUCGUUCAGAGGAUCUGCUGAGGAUCUGAAGGAUCGUUUCAGAUCACUUCAUCAUCAGAUAUACCAGAAAACAGUGUGUGGAGCCACUUCAGCACGAGAGAACCGUCCUAUUAAACAUAUGCUAGAAACAUCUGACAUCAAUAUAUCUAUCAGAAUCAGCAGUGCCUCAUAUUCAUCAAACAGGGCCUCAUUUAUAUGAUCUGUGUUUGGACUUGAAUGGCGUCACUCGCUUCUGCCUCGGUGUUUCACCACAUUUUUUACUUUUGCCAAAAUGAAGCACUUUUACACUCCUCACUCGUGGAGCCUAUGCAAUAUCCUCCGUUUCAAAAGAGAAAUGUGCAAAUCAUAUCCAUGCAUUAAAUGUGAGAAAACUACUGAUGUAUGUUAUGAUGAGGAACGAAUCAUAUUUACCCUACAGUGAGUGUGCGACUACAUCUUCAUGCGUAAAUGAGUGAGUCAAAGUCCUGUUUAUUCACAGAACGAAGGUUUUAUUGAGGGAUAUAAUGUUGUGAGGAUGUCAGAAAAUUAUAAUGUUUCCCUGUUGGUUUAUGUGUAAUGAAUUCUGUAAUUUAUCCAGUUAUUUCAGGCCCAGAUGUGUUGGAAACCUCUUGGAACAUUAAUACAGUGUCAGAUUUUAUUGACAUUUUUAAAUUAAUUUCCUGUGACAACAUGUACAUUUAUUAGGUGCAAUAAACAGACAUCAGCG